AUGGUCGCAGUCACCCCAAUCCUGUGGUGGACAGCCAUUGUUCUACUGAGCUUCGUCACAGGGUCGAACUCCGCCCGUCGUUUUGACCGCCGUGGUGACCUUGACUAUGUUCCCCCCAUCAACGCCUCAGCCGCCGCAGGCUGGACAGUGCCUCUCCAGGGCAGCAACACCUGCGACCCUAACAAACCUUGCACUGAUUCACUGUCGCCUCCGCCUCCGGGCAAGCCUCUUCAAUACCUUGCCAUCGCUCGCGGCCUGUACAUGUAUCUGUGCGAGGGGAACGGAUCGAGCGACGGGGCCAAGUUUCAAUCUCAAUCCACACAGCUUUACGAUGCCGCACCUCUUAUCCAAAAUCUCCCCAACGAAGCAGCCUUCCAUGCCCUCCCCGCCAAACUUCAUGACUUCGAUUACGAGCAGCUGAAGAAUUCCACCUUGGAGUGCAUGGGAACCAUUGGAACUGUCAACGACACGGCCAUUGUCACUCUGUUCGACAUUGCGACGUUCGAAGCUCUUCCGUAUGAGUCUGUCCUGGCGCCAGAUGACCCCGAGACCAACAGCAGAUGGGCACACUCCGUGAGCCCGAAGAAGGACUGGGAUAUCUACCGAGUCGAGGUUGCGGGAGGCACUCCACCUAUUUGUGACAGUCAACGAUUCAUGGCAGAAGAAGAAUACACGGCAGAGUACUGGUUCUUUUACUCCGGAGGAGAAGACUUGUGGACGCCAGAUGAUGUCAAGAGAGAAGACCUAAUUGAUCCUAUUGAUCUGCCAGCUUUCAUAUGA